AUGGAUCCCUUCGGACGUUCGGUACUGAGAAGGGAUUAUGCUAGUCGUCAAAACACAAAUACGGCUCCUGUCUAUGGGAAUGAACCUCCAAAUCGAUCUAGGUCGAGACGUUUGCCGGAUGGAGUGUCCUACAGUGUCCAUCGUGUUCGCCAACAAGUCCAUAAUAUGAAUCACAUAUAUGGCCGCGUCCCUCAAAAAACAGAGGAACCCAGAAGCAGGCAACCAGGACAUAAUCAAACGGAACAAGCGCGGCGGCACAAGGAAACGCAAUUAUUUAAUCAGAUUCAAACUUACUCCGAUUUUGAAGAAAUUCGUCCAAUAAGGAAUUUAUAUUCGGACAAAGAUAAUCGCACUUCUGAAACUAAAGGCACAGUUCGUCUUACGAAGAAGGUUCUUCUUAACACUACUCACUCAGCUAUUCGUGUGGAUCGGGAAGAGCUCCUCAAGAACUUAUUCAAAUACCGCGAUUCUUUGAUAAAUCUAAUAGAAUAUGCUCUCGGGAAUGAUGAUAAUUCUGUAGAAUAUCAGACGUUACAAAGAAUUAAAUCAACAUAUUGCCGGGUACGUGAUUGUGAAAGGUGCGAUCACCGAUUCUCUCAUCAACCGACCAAGCUUGUUCACUCAUCCUCCCAUCGUCAUACUGCGAGUAAUGAUCAGCGGUUAGUCGCAUGCGGUCUGCCCACUGGAACCCUUGGGGAACCUGUAUUAUUUGGGGAUAGUUAUUUUCCAUCCCAUGUUUCGCAUUAUGAAGUCUAUCAACCUGACUUCUUUUCUAAUCCCAGUGGUGCUUCUUCUUCGGUUAGUGAUUUUACUGAUUCCUUCUUGUGA